UCACAAUUGCAGAACACGAUCAGAUCGCAUUUUAAAUACAAUACAAUGAAUUUUAAGUUUAUGAUUUGUAUAUUUUCACUGACAGCCAUUGUUGAGUCAGUAUCUUGGAAGGAUUGUGGUUCAAAGGCGGGGAAGAUAGCAUCAGUGAAUGUGACAGGUUGCGAAGCCGAGGGAACGUGUUCGCUGAAACAUGGAACUAAUGUGACUGUAUCUGCAUGUUUUGUACCAAGCGAGGUGGUGAAAACGGUCAAAGCUAACGUACAUGGAGUAUUGAGUAUUAUACCAGUGCCAUUCCCCUUGUCUAACCCAGAUGGCUGUGUCAACAGCAACCUACAGUGCCCUCUACAGGCCGGUAAACAGUACUGCUACCGAAGCUCCAUCUUUGUGAGGCCAGAAUACCCAAAAUUGAAGCUAGUAGUAAAAUGGGAAUUACAAGACCAAGCAAGCAAGGAUGUCAUCUGCUUCGUCAUACCAGCUGUAAUUACAGACUAAGGCCCAAGAACAGCAAAAUAUGGCAUAAAAUUCAGUGAUUUGAAUUAUACUGGCGCAUACUUUAACAUAUACACUCUACUAUACCUUGCAUUUGGUGUUCAUGAGC